UAGGCGGCAUACAUAGUAUGUAGGUACCUAGAUACCUGCAUACAUACAUACCUUAUACGUAUGUACCUAGGUAGGUAAAUAUAGUAUAUUAGGUAUCUCUUUACAUAAAAAAAGUUCACGACAACGACCUGAGGACGCGAACGUGCAUAUCGCCGUCGACGAGAUACCCAAUUGAGCGCACCAACACUUUAUAUAUUAAACUCCAAUCAAUUCCAGCUAUCGACUCGUGUUCAUCCGCGGCGCAAUACCCCGCGCGCGAUGAACAUUCCACCAUGCCGCCGUCGAACCGGGACAUUGAGAUGAGCAUCUUCCCGAUCAAAGAGGACUCGCUGGCGCAGGGCAGCAGCUACACGAUGCGGGAGCCGCUGUACGGGGACGAAUCGUCGUCCUCGCGCACGCGGUUCCUGAACCGUAUCGUCGACGGGUUCCGCCGCGACCCUAGCCAGCGCAUCACGCCCGAAGACCCGCUCGAUGCGAUACACGCUGUGGAGGCGGCGCAGUUAAGGACUCCUAUGCUAGGAGGAGGAGGGGGAGGGAGAGGGUCGUCGUCUGGAUCAUCGGCCGGUUGGCAUCAUCCGUACGAUGUUAGAGCGGCGAAUCUGCAGACGGCGCAAUCGCAUCUUGCGAGGAAGUUGAAGGGCAGGCAUUUGCAAAUGAUUGCCAUUGGGGGAUCAAUUGGAACGGGGCUCUUCGUCGCUUCGGGCCGCGCACUUGAGGUAGGGGGCCCAGCGUCGCUGUUAAUUGCGUAUCUUUUCAUCGGAUGCAUGCUAUACUGCACCGUGCAGGCGCUCGGCGAGCUUGCCGUCUCGUUUCCGGUUGCGGGAUCCUUUUCUGCAUAUUCGACGCGCUUUCUGGACCCGUCGUGGGGAUUUGCAAUGGGUUGGAACUACGCCCUGCAAUGGCUUGUCGCGCUGCCCCUCGAAAUCAUCGCCGCUUCGAUAACCAUAACAUAUUGGAACCCUGACCUAAAUAAAGCUAUCUUCGUGACCAUAUUCCUACUCGCAGUUGUUGCCAUCAACCUGUUUGGUGUUAAGGGAUAUGGUGAGGCCGAAUUUGUUUUUGCCAUUAUCAAGGCUGUCGCUGUCAUCGGCUUCAUCUUGCUAGGAAUCGUUUUGAAUAUCGGUGGUGUUCCAGGAGGAGGGUAUAUAGGGGGUUUAUAUUGGCGCACGCCAGGCGCAUUUCACAAUGGCUUCAAAGGCCUUUGCAGCGUCUUCGUUACGGCGGCUUUUGCCUUCGCCGGAACAGAAUUGGUCGGGCUCGCCGCAGCUGAAACGGCUAACCCGCGCAAGUCAUUGCCAACGGCUAUCAAGCAGGUCUUUUGGCGGAUUACUCUGUUUUAUAUCGUGGCUCUGUUUCUCAUUGGCCUACUCGUACCUUAUGAUGAUCCGCGUCUUCUCAUUCCAGGAUCAGCGUCUGCUGCCGCAUCGCCUUUCGUCAUUGCCAUCGAGAAUGCGGGCAUCGAGGUCCUGCCCUCGGUAAUGAAUGUCGUUAUCCUGAUCGCUGUCCUAUCUGUUGGAAACUCUUCCGUCUUUGGUUCUUCGCGAACCCUUGCCGCGCUGGCGGACCAGGAUCAAGCACCCAAGAUUCUGUCGUACGUCGACCGUCGUGGACGGCCCUUGGUCUCUAUUAUUAUUUCGUCGUCGAUGGGCCUUCUAGCAUACCUUGCUGACCUCAACGAGCAAAGCAUCGUGCUGGACUGGCUCGUUGCCAUCUCUGGCCUCUCUUCCAUCUUCACCUGGGCCUCCAUCUGCCUCGCACACAUCCGCUUCCGCCGUGCUUGGGCACUCAAAGGCCACAGCCUGCGCGAACUAGCCUUCAAGUCGCAAUGCGGCGUGUUCGGAUCCUAUCUGGGCCUUGUCUUUAACAUCCUAGUCCUGAUAGCACAGUUUUGGGUCGGUACUCGACCCGUCGGUUGGGAGGAGUUGUCGCCCAGCGAGCUUGCGCAGAACUUUUUUCUGCAGUACAUGGCGUUCCCAGUCGUCGUGGUGUUUUACGUCGCCCAUAGGUACUGGGCGCGUACCUCCUUCAUUAAGUUGGCCGACAUGGAUAUCGAUACUGGGCGGAGAGAUUUCAAUCUCCCGAUUUUGCUAGCCCAGGAGGCGGAGGAGAGGAGGGGUUGGCCGAAGUGGAAGAGGGUGUAUAAGUUCUUGUGCUAGAGUAGUUAGAGAACAAGGAGGGGCUUUGUUACGAUUUAUGUUGCGUUACCUUUCGGUGCUGUGUUUUUCUUUUUCUUUUUUUUUCUUUUUCUUUUUGGGGUGGGGAGUAUUGGGUUGAUGGAUCUCUGGGAGGAAAGAAUGUGGCGUUUUUAUUACCGACGAUCUCGAGAGGUACGAAGGAAGCGGUUUGUUUGGGCUGUCGAAAGGGAGUUUUCGCGUCUCUUGUAUUAUUAUAUUUGGGGUAAGUGGCGAGGCGUUCUAUGUCGGUUCUUUUUCUCCUUUCGUUCUUUCAAUUUUCGCGUGUCGAGAUUUUUCGACAUAAAGGCCUCGUUUGGUUGGUAUUCCAUUGGCUAGAGAAUAUAAGCUACCUAGAUCUAUUGAUUGCAUAGAAAGUAACAUCAGCUAGAUAGAUGUAUAAGAGCAGUGAUUAGAAACUAUAUAGCGUCACU